CCGGUCACAACAUCUUAAACCUGGUACUUAUUCUGCAGGCGAGAGCGUUCUGGUCGGUUGGCACGCUCGUCAAAUACCUCUAGCAGGGACGAACGUAACAACCGAGCAAGACUUCAGACAGGCCGUAUUUGCCACAAUAAGUGUAGCUGGCAUGAUUAACUUCCGGCUACGCAGCCACAACAUACAAGGGCGAACGGUACCACCAAAUUUCCGCCUCGGGAAGACUGUUUCCGUCUCUCGUAAAGAUGUUAUAUACCACUCUGCGUUUGAUGGUAUGUCCUACGAAGAAGUACAGCUGGAGAUAGCUCGUCAGAGCCUUCUUAGUGUUAAUCAGCGCACGGUCAACCGCCUGGUAGCGACGUCAAUAACUGAAGGCACCGAUGCUACCGGUCCUAGGCCGGUUUCUGGGCGAACGAGCUUGAGAAACAAGUCAUCUGGAGACGUGAAUUCAACCCUUGGUGCCGGAUGGGAUAGAGCGAACCUUAGUAUAGGGGCAAUAGAACCAAAUAACGUUGUAGUUUCAACGUUGCAAGAUAGCGGGCAAGGCACUACGACCAAUGAGUACGAAAUAAGAGAAGAAAGACUAGAAACGUCUGCGCAUACUCCCGCGCGAGUAGAUGGACGAGGUCUUACACCGCUCAAGGCCAAUAAAGAGAAAUCUUCUGUAAGGCGCUCUCAAGGAUGCAAUAGACUAGUUUAACCAGCUGACACUCAAGGUCCAGGUGUCGACUUCAAAGAAGACCGGCACGCCAAAAGCAUUAAGGAAGUUCCUUGCAGAUGAGGCCAAGAAGCGGCAGAAGCCUUUAGCACCAGUAAAAAUCCCACACGCCAGUACACCACCG